GUCCUAUAAGUAUCGAUAUUUUACAUACAGUGUUUACGCAGACUUCGACUUAUCGCCAAUGGAUGUUUAAAAAGUUCUUCACUUUGCUCCUACCGUUCAGUGUAUUUCAUGAUGAAUAUUCGAGUUUCAGUUAGUAUUCUAGCAAUGUUAAUGUGGAUUACUAUUGUGAUUUGUAGAGCCCCAUCCACUCAGAAAUAUGUGAACGUCCUGGAAUUCAAUCAGCUAUCCCGUGGUGAACUGCUUAAAAUCCUCGCUAACGUGGAGGAAAACGUCGAGCAACAUGUGGCCAGCACAAAUAAGAAGCUUGUUUUCACUGCCUCUUUUGCCAACAACAAGUUCACAAAACCUCACAUUUAUCCUGCUUUCUUUCAGAACUAGAAAAUAAGGAAAUAAAGUGACAAGGUUCAAUUUCAAAAUUAGCAGUUCUUAUUUUUUAUCACAUGAACUAAGAUUUAAUUUUAAUCUGGAAAAUUGUAAAUAACUUCCAACCGCUCUGUCUUAUGUGUACACAUUUAAAUAUCUUAACAGGCUUGUUAUUGCUAGUUAAUAAAGAACUAUUCUCAGGUAUUCCCCGUAAGGUUAUAAAAAGGAAAAUUUAUGGGUUCCAAGUUAUCUUCGCCUAAGUGAGCUCGCGGACCUUUAGUCAAAUUCCAAGACAAAAUGUUGUAUGAAAAUAUAUUAUUAUUAAUUAAAGUGUGAAUAGGUUAUAAACGCACAAAGCCCUAAUUCAUGUCGUAAAAGAACUGCUAAAUAAACAGAUCUAGGAAUUUGCUGUGACCUAAUUAAGGCAAUCCAAGGAAUUUCACCUUGGAUUCGUGUUGUAUUCUUGGAUUCUUUGGGCUAACGAAAUCGCAGGUCCACGGGCUAAAGACUUACUUGAAAGAGAUUAGAUAAACUGAGAUUAUAGUUGCUGUCUCCUAAUCUGUCAUAUUAUUUUUCCUUUUCCAAACCUUUUCCAUGCGAAAUCCUUGGUCAAUAGUUUGAGGGUUUCCAUACUUCUUGUCAAAGAUUAAACUUGUUCUUAUUCAGUAACAUAUAACGCAAAUAUUUAAAUGUAUCCGUAGAUCCGUUUUCAAAGUAGAAGUGGAAAUAACCGAAUAAUCACCUAAAGUGUUUUCAGUAUUACUGUACAUAAAUGUAAGCAGUUUCAUGCGUGUAAAUGUGAUCUUAUCAUAAAGAUGCGUAUCGAUCAUGUUAGAUGAGAGUUACCCUGAUCCAAAGUUCUUUUCGAAGACCUCGUUCAUACAAAUGGGGUACGGUUUAUGGGUCAGUUCUGUGAACAUUUUGAUCGGACUGGCACUCGGUUUCCCCUCGAGUGCGAUACCACAGCUUAAAGAUGAUGCUAAAUUCAGUAUAGGACCAAGUGAUGAAGCGUGGAUUGGUAAGUACCAAAGAGUAUUAUGAUGUUUUCUUUUGGAAAAACUGUAAAACUUUCGCUCGGCUCGCGUGUUAUGGUGACUCCACUAAUGUAACCUAACCUAGUGUGAAAUAUCACCUCUUAAGCCAUGGAAGUACAGUUUAGCCUUUCAUUUUGAUUACUUCGUAGCGCUUCCUAAAAUGCUUGAUAAAGCAUGAGCAUUAAACAUGGUGUUCAUCACAUUCAUUUAUUAUACUUGUGUGUAACAAAAUCACUGUCAAUACUUAUUUACACCUCAAAAACAUAUCAGUCAUUUCUUAAAUUUUAUAUUUUUGAUUUGUUGUUGUUUAAAAUCAACUUACGUCAUCCAAAAACAUUCUAUCGUCUGUGAUAUGUGACAUGAAACUCUUCACUAGAAUAGAUUUAUACUUGGAAUCUUCAAUAAAUGGAUUCCCUGUAACUAGACUGAUGUUUAAGAGUAUUUUUCCAGCUUUUUAUUGAUUCCAGGCAUUAUCAAUACCAGAUGUUGCGUUGUUUUGAAAAUUUUUGAUACUUAUUACUUAAGUAUGACGUGUAUCGGCAGUAUCACUAUGUCAUACGAGUAUCAUAUCUUAAAUGAUGCAAUGUAUUAACUUUCUACGUUUUUCUCUUUUUCAGCCAGCGUAUUGACUCUGGUGGCCCCUGUUGGUUGUAUCAUUGGAGGAUAUAUUAUGGAUAUUUUUGGACGAAGAUAUGCCCUUGUUCUUGGUGGUAUUCCAUUUUUAGUUGGAUGGAUAAGCAUAGGUCUAUCUAAAUCAGCAACGCAUAUAAUCAUAGGUUUGUAACUUGAGACACCAUUGCUCGUCUAAUGUCUAAUAAUAAUUUAGACUUAUUAAGGAUCUCUUGGGCCUACUCUGACAUCAUUGCGAAACUAAAUAUUCGAGAUAAAAUCGGUUGGAAUGUGAUUUUAAAAUCGUUAAAUCAUCGUAGUAAACAUAGAAAGAGGUUAGAAGGACCUUGUGGGCGGGGCAGGCGCGCCGCAGUUAAGUGUGAGCAAAUGCUCAUAACUUGACCAAAACUUGGAUCUGAUUGGGUCGUUGCUCUCGCGUGUGAGUGCUGAUUGGUUCGAUUGUUUGAUAUCACGUCAUUUGAUUGGCCAUUAUCUACUAGGUGGAAGUGUAGUGGGGACGAGCCAGCGACUCCGGUUCACGUAGAAAUGAUCUCUAAUUCCCUUCCAACCUCUUUCUGUAUUCUGUCGUCGUGAAAGUACUAAAACACUGCCGUUGCGAUGGUGCUUUCGCGAUGAUGUUUGCGUAAAUGUGAAUACAGUUUUCCUCUGUAGGUAGAAUUUUCACCGGCGUGGGAUGUGGCAUGGGGAUGGGAACACCUCGUGUGUACGUCACAGAGAUAUCUCUGCCGAAUAUGCGGGGUGUCAUCGCCGUCUUCACAAUACUAUCUUUGUCCUUCGGGCUUACGCUUCAGGCGCUUUUAGGAUCUUCUUUCAAAUGGAACGAGCUUUGUCUUAGUUACGGGGUGUUCUCUGCUGUAAUCAGUAUUUCAAGUUUACUGCUACCAGAGACACCUUACUAUGUUCUCAUAAAAAGCACACAAAAUGAAGCUGAGAAGGUGUUAAAGCGUUUCAGAGGAGCGGAAUACAACACACGCAAUGAAAUAACAGAGAUGAUGGAUUUCAAGGCUACUAACAACAUUAGUGGGCUUACAUUUGGCACCCAAAUAAAACUUUUUGUGACAAGAGCAGUAUGUUUACCGUUCUGGAUAGUAAUUGGAUAUUCUGUGGUGACUCAACUGUCCGGUACCAGCAUUAUUUUUGUCUGGACUGUUGAUUUUUUACAGGCGUCAAAAGUGUCAUUUGAUUCUGGUUCCGCACACUUUUUUAUGGAACUUGUCAGAUUGGGGAUGGGUGUUGUAAGCGCGAUAUUAAUGUACAAAAUUGGUAGAAGACCUCAAGCGCUCAUUUCAAGUUUGGGCGUGACAGUAAUGUGCUUUGUGCUAGGGUUUCUCUUGCUCUACAAUCAUAGCGUCACGAUAUACCCGUUCAUAUGUUACCUGCUAUACGUAACAUUUUCUACAUUAGGUUAUUAUACGCUGCCGUUUGUGAUGAUGUACGAGCUGUAUCCAUUACAGGUCCGUGGUGUACUAGGUGGAUUGACGAAUUCCAUUAUUAACUUCAUGGUAUUUGGAGUUAAUGCAGCAUUCCCGUUCUUCCGAGAUUUGGUUGGACAUGCUUAUAUUCUUAUUUCAUUCGCUAUGGCUUCGAUUUUAGGGACUGUCUUUCUGUUCUUCUGUCUGCCAGAAACGAAAGAUUUGACACUUCAAGAAAUCGAGGAAUACUUUAAUGACCUCCGCCCUACUUUAGUCUCGCAGAGGAGUGUGAUAGCGGCACAAAGGAGUCAACUAUUGACACAGACGCUGGAAAGCAAUGCUCUGAGAUCAAGGUCCACGUUAGAUCUCACAUUGUCGAAGGCUGCCGGUAGAAAACCAUUGAAUUAAAACUCUGACAAGAAUAAAUAGGUGGUCUUCACUAGUGGAGGAAACCCCACAAGAUCAGUAUAAGCUGAACUUCUAGUUUGACGACAAAAUUAGACCAAUCCUAACUGUAGAAAAGAGAAUAACAUUUAAAUAAACGGGUCAACAUCGCUGUAACAUUUUCAUGUUUUUUUCAAUUGUAUCUAUAUAGUAAAAUAAAUACUCAGAGUAGGUAAUGAAAUAUUGAAUAAAUGCAUUGAUAUUACUUUUAUCUUUGUUUCACUUAAGUAGUAGAAAAAGAAGUCUCCUCGUGGAAGAGAAAAAAGCAUCGGACUGUUGUCAGUCAGGUUGACGACUUUUUAUUUUUAAGUGCGUUCUAUGUCUUAUUAAUUUAAUAGCGUUCUUAUCUGUAAUAGCGUUUUACGCACAAGCAAUAGCUUCGAGAAUGGUCUCCAUGACGCGAAUGCCUUUUCUGUAUCUGUCCACGCAGAUACUCUGGUCGUGAGCGUCAAGUAGCAUGACAGUGUUUUUGAUGCGAAUGAGGUUGACAGCUUUUUAUUCUUUUCAUAUAAAUGUGCCUCUAACGCUUUAGCGACAGUUUAGAGAAUGUUCUCCAUGACGUGAAUGCCUUCUCUGUACCUGGCAACGUGGAUUCUCUCUUGUUGUAAGCAUGGAGCAGCAUGGGAGUGUUGUUGAAAGGCGUCCGGUUGACGAAUUUUUAUUUACUUUCAAGUGUUUUUAUGUCUUAUUAAUAUAAUAGCGACCUUAUUCAUAAUAGCGUUUUACGCAUUGGCAACGGCUUCGAGAAUGUUCUCCAUGACGUGAAUGCCUUCCCUGUAUCUGUCCACGUGGAUUCUCUCGUCGUGAGCGUGAAGAAGCAUCGGGGUAUUGUUGAUGGGCGUCAGGUUGAUGGCCGGGAUGCCCUGCUUGCGGACGAAGCGGGCGUCCGUGGUACCGGGACAGAUCGAGCAACUCAGUUUGACGUCCCUGGUAAAAAGGUUUUAUGGUUUUACAGACAGCAUCAGUUAGCUAUUUUAUUUAAAAUUAUUUAAUAAUAAUUUAAUGUAAAAUGGUUGAAACAAAGCAUCGUCGUGAUCAAAUCAAAGCUAUGCGCACUUUUUGAAGAUUUUUGAAACUUUUAUCAUUAGGAAUAGUAUGCUAACCGGAUAUAUAAAGACUGUGCAAAAAUAUGUCUCUAAGAUAUAGUGGGCACAUAGUCUUUGUAUUCGAGAAUUCGGCAAAAUUAUCCACAGGAAAGAAAUCGAUCUUUAUCAGUUACCAGGUCAUAGAACUUUAUAGUAAAUAUGUAAAAGCAAGACGUAUGGACAAAGAUAUUUUAGCGUUUAUAAGUAUGUACGAGUGAGUAGGUAGUCUGCGAAAGCAUAAAUGUAACGGUUUAAGCUUACAUUUUAUCCAAGCUUUGCUUUAU